GGAUUGUGGGUCGUGUCGGGGCCCUGUCAUGGCUGUGGGGUUGGCUGGCUACAUUUCCUAAUGCCACAGAUGAACCAGACCCAGACCACAGUAAAGGAGUUCUUCAUUGUGGGCUUCCCAGGGCUCCACCCUCAGCACUAUAAGCUGAUGGGCACGAUUUUCUUCCUGAUCUACGUCACCACCGUGGUGGGGAACUCCCUCCUGGUGGCGCUGUUCUUCAUCGAGCGCCGGCUCCAGAAGCCCAUGUACAUCAUCAUGCUGAGCCUGGCCCUGUCCGACAUCGGCUUCUGCACCGUAGCCCUGCCCAAAGUCAUUGGCCGCUACUGGCUAGACGAUGGCGCCAUCCCCUUCCACAUCUGCUUCUUCCAGCGGUUCCUGAUCCACUAUUUCGGGACGCUCAACUCGCUGAUCAUGCUGGCCAUGUCGCUGGACCGCUACCUGGCCAUUUGCUUCCCGCUGCGCUACCCGACGCUCAUGACCAACCGCACCAUGGGGGCGCUAACCGGCUUCUCCUGGGUGUCCGCCGCGGUGUCCCCGGCCAUCUCCGUCGGCAUCUCCACCCCGAUGCCGUUCUGUGGGCCCAACCGGAUCAUCCACUGCUACUGCGACACCAUGUCCACCACCUCCCUGGUGUGCGCUGAUGCCCGACAGAUCCUCAGUGUGUCCACGGGCCUGGCCAUGUUCGUGCUCCUGGUGCCACUCAUCUUGAUCUUAUCAUCUUACAUCAGCAUCAUCGUGGCAGUGCUGAAGGUAGCCGAUGCUCAGGGCCGCCAAAAAACCUUCUCCACCUGUGCUACACAGCUGUGCAUUAUCAGUAUAUACUACCUGCCCCGUUUCGGAGUCUACCUGAGCUCCCUAGUUUCCUACAUUAAUGUCAACCCGGAUUUGCGGAUCAGUCUCACCCUCUUCUAUAGCCUGUUCCCUCCCCUGCUAAAUCCCCUCAUUUACUGCUACAGGACUACGGAGAUCAAGGACAUUUUAAGCAAAUGGUUUUGUCGAAGGAAUGCCAUCAGUCAGACACCUAUAGUUACGACUGUUUCCAAAUGACAGUUUGAUCUGAAAUAUCAAUUCUGACAACACGUACUGUAGUGUGUGCAUGUGUGUGUGUGUGUGUAUGUCAUGUUAA